GCGUAAUGUUGUUUUUUAGUGUAGAGAACACGUAGAGAAUUUGUUAUCAAACAUUAAAUGUUGUUGUUGUUAAAUCGUGUUUUAUAUCGGUUAAAAUUUGUUGUGUAGGUCCGGGUUGUAGUGAGAUAUAUGAGUGUAUGUUAAAUUAUAAUUGAAUUUUAAUGUUUUGUUUUGACUCAGUUUGUUAAAAAAUAUUGUUUAAAUAAGUGAUUUUUUUAUUUAUUCAAGAAAAUAAUAAAAAAAUAUUGAAACAUGGCACCGUUAUCACUAAAGAUAAUCCUGGACGAGGGAGCGAUCACACGAACUCUAAUGUUCGACACCACCACCACUGUACGACAAGCACACCACAUUAUCAAAGACAAGAUUCUUACGUUGGACCAUGAUAAAGAAUACGGUUUCUUCCUGACCUCCGCUGACAACGAUUGCUCGGGAGUAUGGCUGGAGGACCACAGAACCCUGGAGUACUACAUGCUGAGGGAGGGCGACUCUCUAUACUACCUCGAGAAGAACAGGAACUUGAGGGUUCGAAUGUUGGAUGGAUCCGUAAAAACGAUGCAAGUUGAUGAAUCGAAGAAUAUUGGUGAUCUUAUGGUGCUUAUUUGUGAAAAAAUUGGUAUCACCAACCAUGAUGAAUAUGGCUUGUGUCGCGAAGACCAGGUGGAAGAAGAAAUGAAGCCCAUGACGGGGACAUUGACCCUGAGGAAAAAAACACAAUUCCGAGAGAAGGACGCUAAAUUGGAACAAUUGAGAAAGAAAUUGAAGACUGAUGAUAAUGUUGAGUGGUUAGACCAACACAAAACAUUACGAGAACUACACGUAGACCCAAAGGAAACCCUGCUCUUCAAACGAAGGCUCUUCUACUCUGACCGUAAUGUAGACUCCAGGGACCCGGUUCAACUCAAUCUACUUUAUGUGCAGACCAGAGACGCUAUCUUGGAUGGCCGUCAAUUGGUCACUGAAGAUAAAGCCGUCGAGUUUGCUGGCAUUCAGUGCCAGAUUCAAUACGAAGACUUCAUUGAGGACAAGCAUAAGUCUGGUUUUAUUGAAAAUUUAAAAGAAUUUCUCCCAGCCCAAUACAGUACGAGCUGGGGGAUUGAAAAGAGAAUAUUCAAAGAACACAAAAAGCACCACGGUUUAAGUCCUUUGGAGGCGAAGAAUUUGUACACGAAAACUGCUAGAGAAUUACCCACUUAUGGCGUCACAUUCUUUUUAGUCAAGGAAAAACAAAAAGGCAAGAAGAAGCUAGUACCUCGCUUACUGGGCAUAAACUCAGAGUCGAUUCUGCGGCUGGAUGAAGAGACUAAGGAAAUACUGCAAGUGUGGCCGCUCACGCAGGUGAAAAGCUAUAGAGCUGGCAGUGAAUCAUUUACACUUGAUUUUGGGGACUACAGUGAAAAAGAAUACGCCGUGAAAACAAACGAUGCCAUGAGAAUCAGGGACAUCCUACAGGGCUAUAUCGACAUAAUAAAGAAGAGACUCGCUGCUCCAUACAAUGUAUCAUACACACAGGGUGAAGCUAUGUGCGAAGACAAUGUGGAAAUAUCUAGAGGAACCAUCAUGCAAAACAUUGUUGCUAACAAAAUCGUCGAACAAUCAUUUGUUGGGCCGAGCCGUAUCAUAUCCGUGGAACAAGGUCAAAAUGCGAGUGAAGGCACGAAAAUCAUUACCGUUCAUGAGAUGGUUACCACUACAAGAACCACUAGCUCACAGCAAGCUGUUAAAGGUGAAAUCCUGUCCGAAACACCACAGACUUUCGGCAAGAGGUUGAACCGCAUGAACUCUUUCUCGGUGAAAACUGUAGUUUUGUUAUCAGAUCCUUGCAAAGAAAAUAUUGACGAUGUUCACCGCAUUGCAUCUAACAUGGAGAGCGAACUACCAACACUGGUUAAAGGUGUAAGAGAAACAGCUAAGAAUCUUGAUCCUGUUAAAUCUAAGAAACUUCUGGAUGAAUUAGAUGAAUUAUGUGACUAUAUCAAUAACUUCUCCAAUUUAGUCAACGAUCCAGAUUGCGAUUCGCCCGAAAAACUAUCAGCAGCGAAGGACUAUGCUAUGAAAAUUGCAGAUAUUUCCGCUCAAAUGUAUUUGGCUUUAGAUCCCAAGACCAAAGGCAGGGCGCAAUUGAUCAAGAGUUCCCGCAACAGCUUCAUAGCAGACGAGAAGACAGAAGCCCACCUUCGUCGAUUGUCCUUCAGGACAGCUGCUGAGGUCGCACACGAGGCAAUCGAUAGGGCUUACACUGAAUUGGAUACGCAACACACAGGACCUGCACCAGAUGCAGCAGUUGUUGAAUGUCUGGAGAAGGCCCUCCUUAAUAAAAUUGGUAAACUUAAUGCAGCGGUAGCAUUGCUACUAAAUGCUCAUUCAGAUCCUGAUAAUGUUGAUUAUUCUACAGCUGUAACUUGUAUGACUACUAUUAAAGAGUACAUUCCUGAGAUAAUACAAGAUGUAAAAGCAUUAAAUAGUGGAGAAAAUGAUGCUGCAAGGUUAGCUCUAACAGACGAGAUCAAAAAGCUUCUGGAUAGAACUGCAGCAUUGUGCCGACUUACUGGAACAGAUGAUAACCAGAAAAUGCAAGAUGCAAGUAAAGCAUAUGGUGAAGUAGCAAGGAAGCUUAUUUUCACAUUCAAUCGUGGAGAGAAGAGAAGAGAUGCUAUUGAUAAGGAAAAUGAGAUAGUAGAUCUAGCCAAAAACGUUGGUGAGAAAGCAUCAAACCUACUGAUGGACGUGAACGAGCUAAAUGGUCUUGCCUCUGAAGACCCUCGAACUCAAGAAGUGGAUACUGCUGGUGUCAAAUGCUCUGAUGCAGCAAAGGAACUUGUUAUUUGUGCUGAGUUGACAGCACCAUCAAUUCACGAGCCACACUGCCAAAGCGCUCUCACAGCGGCAUGCGAAAACCUCUCAUCAUCAGCACAGCACUUGACAAACACCUACAAGCCCAUAAUAGAUGAUCCUGGAAGACAUUACUAUGGAAAGAAGUUGCAUAACCGAGCUCUAGAGUUGAUGAAGGCGUUGGAGAGGCUGCAAGAUGCAUAUUCUAACAUAGAUAAUAAUGGAAGAAUUGAUGAAAAUGAUCCAGAUAGUCAAAAUAAUCAGAAGCUCAAGUUUAUAGCAUCUUUGUCGGGUGUUAAGAAAGCGUUACAAGAUGCAGAGCAGCAGUUGGAAAAUAAUAAUACUAACGACGGUCCUAAAUCUGAAGCAGAUGUCCAACGAAUUCGUAGAUCACUGGCACAGAAAAUGGCGCAACUUAAUGCUGCUAUAGCAUCUCUGUCGAAGGCGGUGUCUGAUAAUCCAGAUUAUAAAACAACUGAAGCGGCUAUGAGUACACUAUCCCAACUUACUCCAGAAAUAUUGCGAGAUGCGAAAAUGUUAGAAGCUCACAUGAACGAUGGAACUCAGCAAGAGAUGUUGCAAAAUCUAAGAGCAAUGUUGGAAGCAACCAAAAAUAUUUGUGCUAGCGCAGAAAAUAAUAAUAACCAGGAUCUCAACGAAGCAACAAUGGACUUUGCUAAGUCAUCUGGAAAACUAUAUUAUAUUUUUAAUCCUCGAACUGAUUCGAGAUUAGAAAAUGAGAUAAUAGAUCUAGCCAAAGACGUUGGUGAGAAAGCAUCAUACCUGCUGAUGGAUGUGAAUGAGCUGAACGGCACCAUCGCUGGCGACCCUCGGAGUGAUGAACUGGAUGCUGCUGGUGUCAAGUGCUCUGAUGCUGCUAGCGGACUUGUUUCUUGUGCUGAGUUAGUAGCGCCAACCAUACGUGAAGCACGCUGUCAAAACGCGCUGAUAUCAGCGUGUGAAAACCUUGCAUCAUCAGCUCAGCAACUGGCGCAAAGUUACAAACCCAUCGUCGAUGAACCUGGACGACAGGAUUAUAGAAAUAAACUACACGACAGAUUAAAGGAUCUUACCAAAGCUUUGGAAAGGUUGCAGGAGGCGUAUAGCAAUUUAUAUGAAAACAAUGAAAAUAACUAUGAUGAUGCAAGUAAUGAUAAUGAACGUGAUAAGCUGAAGUUUAUUGCAAGUAUAUCAGGUGCUAAAAAGGCUUUGCAGGAUGCUGAACAGCAUUUGCAAGAUGGCAAUCGUGAUACACUUGCUAAAGAUAAUAUUAAAACAGAAGCAGAUGCUCAACGACUUCGCAAGUCGUUGGCGGACAAAAUAGCUCGACUUAAUGCAGCUAUUGCAUCAUUAUCUACAGCUGUGUCUGAAAAUCCAGAUUAUAAAACAACUGAAGCCGCUAUUAGUGCACUAACUCAACUCACUCCGGAAAUAAUGAGAGAUGCAAGAAUUUUGGAAUCCUAUAUGAGUGAUGGAACGCAACAAGAAAUGCUGGAAAACCUUAAAGCCAUGGUAGAAGCCACCAAAAAUAUUUGUGCUAGUGCAGAAAAUAAUAAUAACAAGGAUUUAAAUGAAGCUACGAUGGAAUUUGCAAAAUCUUCUGGGAAACUAUAUUAUGUGUUCAAUCCUCGUGCCAAUUCAAGGAAACAAAAUGAGAUAACAAAAUUGGCCAAGGAUGUAGGAGACAAGACAACAGUUCUUCUGCAGGAAGCUAAUCAACUUAGCAAAGUAGUGCCUAAUGAUGAACAAGCUAAGAGAAUAGACGAUGCAGGUGUGAAAUGUGCUGAUGCUGCAAAAAAACUAAUUGCCAGCGCAGAGAUAACCGCACCUACAAUUCAUGAAGCACGUUGUCAAGAUACUCUAACAACAGCAUGUGAAAAGGUAGCGUCGACGGUACAAGAUCUGGCCAUCGCUUACAAGCCUGUGGUAGACCAUCCCAGUCGCCAACAAUUUGGGAAGAGAUUGGUUGUUAAGAGUAUGGACCUCAUUCAGGCUUUGGAUAAGUUGAAGGAUGCUUACUCACAUGAUAAAUUUGAAGGCGACAGUCAAAUACCAGAUGAGAAACAUGAACAAAAACUACAAUUCAAAGACAAUUUGUCCUCCGCUAAAAGAGCUUUAUUGGAAGCAGAACAACAGUUGCAAAGUAACGCCCACUUUGGAAAUGAAACAAGAAACAAAAUCAAGAACGAUGGUGACACAGAGAAUUUACGGCAAUCUUUAUCCCAAAAACUGGCGCAAUUAAAUGCGGCUAUCGCAUCAUUGCUUCGUGCUACUACUGAUGACAUCGAUUACGACUCAGCCAACGCCGCCAUAAACACCAUUACCCAACUUACUCCAGUCCUGGUAAAAGAAACAAAAUGCCUUGAAUCACAUCUGGAUGAUAAGGACCAAGAUAAAAUAUCUGAAAAUGUUAGAGGCAUGCUAGAAGCGAGCAAAGAACUAAUUGCAUGUGCAGAAGAUGAUAAAUUUAAGCAACUCAACGAAGUAGCCUUUGAUUUCGCCAAUUCAUCAGGAAAGCUGUAUUAUGUUAUAAAUCCUCGAGCAAACCCAAGGCGGGAAAAUCAGAUAUUGGAUCUAUCUAGAGGUGCUUGUGAAGAUGCGUCUAGAUUACUGAUAAAGGUUUACGAUCUCGCGAAAAAUGUCGGUGGAGAAGACGGUUCUAAACUUGAUGACGCUGGCACUAAAAUUGUGGAUUCUGCUCAAACGUUCCUGACUGCAGCUCAAAUGACCGGACCCACCAUCUAUGAUCCCGAAUGUCAGUCAGCGAUGAUAUCCUUUACGGAUAAAUUUUCCGACCUGGUGAAAGAUUUGGAGACUCUUUGGACUCCAUUGGUCGAGGAUAAACCAGACUUCCAAGAUAAAUUGCAAAGGGACAAAGAUAUACUGCAAGCUUCGUUGGAAAGGCUCAAAGCUGCGUGUCUAGACAAUAGCAUGAACGAAGUAAACGCAGAGAGAGAACAACUUCUGUCAACAGUUUCAGAAGCAAAGGAUAAAAUUAAACAAGCUCAAUUGCUCUGCUCCAGAGAAAGAUUAAGGGAAUUACCAGCACCAGACGUACAAAGUUCAUUCGCCAUGACCGCCGACCAAGGAUGCAUUGAAAAGAAAAGCAUAUGGCCAACUAAAAUGCGACUGUUCGAUAAAUUAUCGCAUAUGAAUGAGAGUACAGCUUUAUUAGUGCAAGCUUUAUCAGACGAUGACAAUAAAGACUACAAAGCAACAGAAGACAUUGUUAAGAACAUUUCUCAACUUACAUCCGAUAUUGUACAAGAUGCUCUGUGUAUGCACGAAUAUGUCGAUGAAUCCACAUUACAAAGUGUGAUUGACGAAGCCAAGUCGUUGUGUGAAGCCAGUCAUGAUAUAUGUUGCAAUGUAGAAGCUAAAGAUAUUGAGGGACUGAAUAAAGCUGCAUCGAAAUACGCAAACUCUUCAGGAAAACUGUUCUACAUCUUCAGUUCUAACAAUGACGUGGACAAAGAGAAUCAGGUAUUAAACAUGGCUCGUUCAGCGUGCGAGCGAGCGUCACUGAUGCUGUCCCGCGUGUCCCGCCUCGCGCAGGCCGCGCACCCAGCUCAAGCGCAGCAGCUCGACACAGCGGGAGUGAAGCUGGCUGAUGCUGCGCAGGUGCUGCUCACCAAUGCGCAGAUAACUGCCCCCAGUAUCCAAGAUGCACGCUGCCAAUCAGCAUUAAACUCUUCAAUCGAUAGAGUAUCUCGUAUUGCUAAUGACCUAGGAUCCAUCUGGAAGCCAUUAAUACAGGAACCUCAUCAGCAGCUUGGAGAACAACUGGAUAAAGACCUUCUACAGCUACAAACAGAACUGGAGAAGCUAAAGGAUACCUGCCAAUGUAUUAAAUCAAGAACACCACGACAGUCUUGGGCUGUUGAUGAAUCGGUUGAAAUGAUCGAUCCUAAGAUACUAGAGACACUCAACAAAUCUUCGCAAAAGACUCCCGAGGCUGACAAACAACUAGUUGAAGAUAUUAUAAUUGAAGAUACUCCAUUACGAGAAUUAGCAUCAAAGAUACUCAAAUCUGUUACACACGACAUCGAACAAGGAAAUCUUACACCAGAAGAAAGUAAAACGAAGAUGGCUCUUAAAAACAAACUGGAAGCUGCAAUUAAAGCUUUGGAUCAAACGAAUGCUCGAUGUAGGAGAGAUCCUAAUGAUUUGAAGAAACGAGAAGAAUUAGAAAACGUUAUUCUAAAUCUGCAGCAUGCGUGUCUUCAAUCAAGACGUAAUGGACAAGAGAGCAACAUUGUAGAUUUAAUGGACUAUGUAAAAGAUGUUACUGAAGCUGCUGAUGAUAUAAUGACAGCGACCAUUUCGAUCAAUCCUGACCAUGGAAAGAAGGCGCUCAUUGACAUAAGAGACGAAUGUGAAAAAAUAAAAUACAACGCUGAAGAAUUAUCGAAUCCCCAAGAAUUACGUACAGACGAUAGCGUUAUUGAUAACAUGAUGUUGAUUGAAAAAUUUGCCGCGGAUUGUGAUAAUGGUGUGCGUGCUAUAGAAGAAGCCAUCAAAAAUAUUCACGAUGACAAUUCCAAGAAAAUACUCAGUGAGAAACAUCGACAAUUAACUAACACUUGUGAUUUGUUAAGAUUUGCAACAAAAAGCAGCAUAUCAUCAGCUGCUGCCGCUAAUUAUGAAGAAAAUCUUCAGAAUUUACUCGAGACCGAAGAGAAAAUUCGUGAAUUUUUGGAUGUUCAAAACGAAUCAGGCCAAGAGGAGCAAUCUGAUAAAGAACUACAGGAAGCAGGCAAGGAAGCAGUUAAAGACGCACAAACGGCCCUCUUCAAAACAAUAGUAGCUGGCAAAGACAGCAACUUGCCUCAAGUACUAACACAAUACGCUCUUAAAUUGGAAGCUUCUACACCUAAAGAUAGUAACAGUCGAAGGAGGCUUUCAGAACAUCUCAAUAGUUUGUCCAACUUACUAAAGAAGCUAUCACACACGCGGUGCAGACAAAUUGCAACGUGGCAAGAGGGUGAUAACGAUGAUAUCAUCGAUAUUACUAAAGAAAUCCAACAGGAACUGAAUUCGUUUGAUCUUGGAGUUGAUAACACAAAACCAGGGGUACAAACAGUUAAUGAAAGUGAUUUAGACAAUCUAUUCCAGAAUAAAAAAAUAUUUGUAUCUGGUGAUGAAAAGGAAAUACAAGCCAAAUUCGACCAACAGACACAAAAACUGAAUACUCUAAUAGGUGCUGUGGUGGAGUGUUCUCAGAAACCUGAAAAUUUGGCCAGAAAUGUGCAUUGCGUCGCUGCAUCUGCUGCUGAAGUUGCUUCUAUUGCUAAAUCUAUGAAAAAUAAGGAUAUAAUACAAGAAAGUAAAAUAGAAGAAGGUAUUAAAGAACUGAAAAGUUCAACUUAUCACCUGUUGAAGACGUCAGAGUCGGCACAAAACCCAGCUGGCCGACGAAAACUGCAGGACGCCUGUCGAGCUCUCAGCGAAGCUGUUAACAAACUAGCUCGUUCAGUCUCUCCCCUGGACAAAGCCCAGCGUGACUGUUCAGAGCUGCAGAGGAACCUACAACUACAGCAGAGCUUCGUCAGCACGGACCAGCCGGGGUAUGCGUUCGGUUUUGCCGAGUGUGUAGAUGCGUUGGUCACUCAACAGGAUGUUAUACAAAAAUUACAAAGUGAAGAUCUAAUGUCCCGUAAUGACUGCAUCACGACACUACGUUAUGUAUCCACUGCAGCAUGCACCAGCGCUAGCCUGGCUGCACAUUCUGCUUAUCUAGUAUCAAUCUCUGAAGAUGACGAUGAAGUGGCAAAGAAAGGACUAGUGGAUAAGGACAGACUUGCCAACUUAACAGAAAGUAUUGAAGAAGUUGUAUCCAAAAUUAUGUACACAAACGACAUUGGACUGGUGAAGAAUUUAAACACAGCUCUAAGUACGAAUGUUCAACAAUACUUAGAAGUUGUUGAAGAUUGUUGUCACAAAGUGAACAAAGAAGACAGUGACAAAAUUAUGGAACUCUCGAAGGAAAUAGAGCCAGCAAUAAGUGAACUUCAACAGGCCAUACAUUCAACUCCGUAUAAGAGUAAAGAUGUACUGGUAAGCAGUGCAAGAGUGUUAGAAAGAGUUCAAAGGAUAAACUUCACGAUCAACCGCCUGCCGCUACCGAAACAGGAUGAUUCGCCAAGCAAACGUCAAGAUGUUAAAGAAAUUGUUGAUAACGCAAGGAAUUUACUAUCAAACACAUCACAUCUGGUGAAGCAAGUGUCAUCAUCAGAGGAAGAGGUGAUGACGUGGGUGAUGUACGGCAGAGACAAUGUGAUCAAGGCUUACGAAGCUUUGCUGAAUUGUGUCAGGGACAAAGGGGUUAAGUCGAAACUUGUGCAGUCAAAAUCAACGAAAGAGGAACUUGAUGCGCCACCAAAGAGUAAUCUUCAAAUACAGAUCGAGCUAACGAAUAAGUGGCUGCAAAACCCAGGUUGCAAGCCCGAUGUUAAAGCCGCUGCUAUAAAUGCAGCACAGCAUGUCAUCGAGAUGGGUGACAAGAUGUGUGAAGACUUAAAAGACGCUGAGAAAGAAGAAAUGUUACAAGUUGUUCAUGAAACAAAACAACUACUUAAGGAUUGCUCGCAAACUUACAAUAGCGAGAAGGCCAGUCUUCUUCUGGAGAGACUUCGAGAUCUUAAAAAGAUGCUGGAACGUGGAGUUGUGACCAGAGUGGUGGAAGACUUCUUAGAAGACCAGCCUCUGGAGGAUAUGGAAGCUAUACAUAAAGAGAAAGAUGCAAAGAAACGGGAAUUCCUCCUUGAUAAAAAGAUAGCUGAACUGUUGGCACAACUGGGCAGGGUAAAGAGAACAGCCACCUUCGUGUCCGACACCAGCACUGCGCCUGUACGACAAGAACUGCUAACUGUCAGUGAUCAGGUAGAGCUUUUGGCUCCGUCUUUAGUGAAAGCAGUUCAAGAGACAGUAAGGAAACCUGAUGAUGAGGAGGCGAUAGACAACUACAAGAAGCUGGUCCUGGAGUACGCAGACUCGUUGAGUCGUGUCCGCGACCUCUGUGACCGUGCUGUUGAUCCCAUGGACUUCGCGCAGGCUGCUGGUGAAACAAUGGCACGUAUCAAGGAAAGCUCUCAAAACGAUCCACAGAAAUCAUUACAUACUUCUAGGAUCAUUACCAAGCUCGGUAACCGUGUGGUAGAAGCUGGUAUGUCCAGCUCCAAUGUGCAGAAAGAUCCAGAAUUACAGAAAACAUUAGCUGACAUCAAAAAGAGUAUAUCGGCUGCAGCGAACGCACGUGCAGAUUUGAUUGCUGAGAUAAUACGAAAAACGGGUGAGAUCGAAUCAGCACUCGGUGGAGAGACCAUUUUCCAGAAGGAAGCAGAGCCAGACCAGCCUAUCUUUGCUGCAGCCCACGGUCUCCACGCGGCGGUGCGUGAUUGGUCAGCGCGAGACAAUGAAGUGGUCGCCGUGGCCAAGAGGGUGGCCGUGCUUAUGGCGCAACUGUCACAUCAUAUGUAUAAUGAUCGCAAACGAGAGCUGAUAGCAACAUCAAAGGCGAUAGUAGCGAAGUCCCUUGAAGUGACGCAGCUUGCGAGGAAGCUGGCCCUGCAGUGUACAGACAUUAGGAUACGUAAUAACUUACUUCAACUAUGUGAAAGAAUAAUAACAAUAAGCGGUCAGUUGAAGAUGCUGACCACAGUCAAAGGCUCUUCUUUGGGACAUCAAGGAAGCGAAGAAGAUAAAGAAGCGAUGAACAUGCUCGUGGGGAAUGCGCAGAACCUCAUGAUUAGUAUACGAGAAGUUGUAAAUGGCGCCGAAAGUGCGUCCGUCAAAAUCAUGUCGCAAAGGGGAAGACGCAUCAAGUGGGUGCGAAGAAAUUAUUAUUAAAUAUUUUGUACAAUUUUAUCGUAGUUUAUAAGCAGAGAUUUAUAAUAAAUUUAUUUUUUAUUAAUUA